CCUGUUCAUACAGUCGAACCUGAUCUCGACCAGUGUGUGGUCGAACAUGGCAGAAGUCAUAGGAGUUCUGGCUGAGCUAUUGUCAGUCUUUGUGCCGUUGUAUUUAAUUGUUUGCGCAUGAGUUCUGUUCGUUAAACGAAGGUAAAGAUAGGACGCAGGAUUGCCCAAUGGCAGUAUGGCCUCGGUCAUGCAGAAGAAUGGUUUGAAGCCCCUCGCCAAUGGAAAUUUGAUUCAGCAUGUUGAGAUGAACAAAGUGUGUGCUGCAAGACCUGUGCAACAGCAGCAACAGCAAAUGCAUUACGGUGAAGAGCAAGUUCAACAUGGAAUAGUGAAUGGACAACAAGUUCUACUUCAACAUGGACGAAUUAUAAGCCAUGUUAUUAGUCAAGAAUCACCUGUAGGAAUCAGUGAUAAUAGUGUUCCAAAUGAUAGUGGACCUGAAGGGAAGCUGAUUAUUGAUACUGAUCAAGAACCUAGUGCAGAAGUUCCUGUAGUUGACAAUGGUGAAAUAGAGGAAGAAGGAGACCAACCUGAAGUUGAUAUAGUGAUCAAUAAUGUGGUAUGCAGCUUUUCUGUGAAGUGUCAUUUGAAUCUCCGGCAAAUAGCUUUGCAGGGCUUCAAUGUGGAGUACCGGCGAGAAAAUGGGAUGGUUACAAUGAAACUUCGAAGACCAUAUACAACCGCUUCCAUCUGGUCAUCAGGAAAAAUAACAUGUACAGGAUCUACUAGUGAAGAGGAUGCCAAAGUGGCUGCUCGGCGGUUUGCCCGAUGUUUGCAAAAGCUGGGCUUCAAAGCACGGUUUAGUAAUUUUCGGGUUGUUAAUGUCUUAGGCACAUGCUCCAUGCCGUUUGCAAUUAAAAUAACAGCAUUUUCAGAGAGGCAUAAAGAUGCAGACUAUGAACCGGAACUUCAUCCUGGUGUCACCUACAAGCUCAAAAAGCCAAAGGCAACUCUCAAAAUAUUUUCAACCGGUAGUGUCACAGUAACAGCACCCUGUGUUGCCUCAGUCCAAGCAGCCAUAGAGUACAUCUUUCCUCUAGUCUACGAAUUCCGCAAGGAAAGAACAAAGGAAGAUAUCCUUAAUUUGAAAAAGAAAUUACGUGAGAGACGAGCCAAACGUGGACUCAAGGAUAGUGAAGAAGAUGAUGUUCUUCUUAGUGGGUAUGAAGGUGUAGAUGAUGGUGACGAGGAGGAGGAACUAGAAGAAAUGGCAGAUGAUGAAGACUGGGAAUAGUGUGGGGUUGGAAGGGAUUCAACAUGCUGAUGCCAAACAUCUUUUGUAAUUAAAUCACAUCUCAGAAUCUUAGUAUUUAGCACUUGGCAUAUUCUUUAGUUUAAUGUGUUACUGUAUGCCUCUACUUGCAUAGCACUUCAUUGUUGAAGCAAUAAUGUAUGCCUCCCUCAGCCAUUUGAAGAACUGUACCUGAAGAUAAGUAGUGGGCUGAGGGCAGCAUUACCAUGUCAUGUUAUAUCCAUGUUGUCAUUGGUACCGUUAUUUUAUUGUACAUCAACUCAUAAAAUGAGUAAUGUGUAUAUUUGGACUGAUAGUGUCCAAUGACAAUCAAAUAGGAUUUGUAAGUGCAUUUUUAUCAUUCAUGCAAGUAGUUGGUUGUACAUCAUUUCUUCCUCAUGAGGUUAAGUUCUAUCCCUAUCUACUGAACAAAAAAAAUAUUGCUCCAAUGGUCAAGGGUUGUUUUGUUUCAUGUCAGUUAUUGUUUUAAUUUUCAAACAUUCUAUUGAUUUUCAAAUUCUUUUCAGCUCUUUGUGACUACAGUUUAUGCGAUGUACUGUCUACAUGAUGCUCUGUCUUGUCCUGAGAGCUUUUACUGUCUGAGUGCUUGUUUUUUCCCCAAGUGGGUUUUUCUCUCAACAACCAGUGACAAUGUGAUUGAAAAUUAAAGGUUUGCAAUUUUCUGAAUCUUUUCUGGUGCUUCAGUUUUGCAUUGCCCAGCUUUCUUCAUUCUUGAAGAUGCUUGGUAAGUGUCAUUGUUAUAUGAAGCGCUGACCAAUAUGAAGACAGCUCUACAAAUUUCACUUUUGGAAAGACUAAAUUUGUGUGACUCCUUAGUUCUGUGAACUGUUUUCUUAGUUUAAGUUUCCUGUAACUAUUAUCAUUGCACCACUUAAUCAUUGGUAUUUCUUUCAUGUUGGCUUACAUUGUGUGGUGCAUAAUCAUAUCAGCACAACAUCAAGCUCAGUUUUGCAUUUGAGGCGUUUAAACUGGAGUGUGCGCAUGAUUUGGUGGUGUUCAUGAUUCUUAGUCAUUGUUGCUAAUACCUUGUCUCAUAAGUUCUAUUGAUAAAUGAAUGUCCUAACUUUAAGCCUUGUUAAUGUUGAAAUACUGGCGCUUAGAACUUUCAAGAGUGUAAUUAAUCUGAAGAUAUGUGAUAAUUGACCAUACUUUGUUUUUUCCUUUCAAGAUCCCCAGUUGCCUCUCAUUCAGCCAAGAUGUGUUUUGUGUAACCCAUAUUGAAGCAGCAGCAGUUAACUCUCUCAACUUUUGAAGUGCUGUGUUAUAAAGGGGUUGACUUUGUAUGGUCUAUAUUGAAUGCUGUGUGGUGGAAAUGAAAUCAGAGUACACAAAGGCAGUGUCAUUGCUCAACUGCCAUCAUUCUUUUUCUCUUAUUUAUUGUCAUUACAUAAGUUGAAGGUAGGAGUCAGCCAGUCCUGUUUGCGCACCAAUGCUGAACCUUAAAAAAUGGUUUUGUUACUGCCAUUGUGUACUCAUAUGAAGUAUGUAAAUGUUGGUUCCUUUGUUAUAUAAAUGCUUAGUUUUCGUUCAGUUGGAGGAAUUGAAUCAAAUGAGCCUACAAUCUUGAAUCCCUGCUUUGGGAAUCGAGCCUAAGUGAUAGCAUUUUCUGGAAUAAAUAUGUCUGUUACAUGUAGACAAACUGCUAUUUCCACAUUAUUUAGUUCUAAAUUGUGCUCUUUGAAGCCUGGGCCUCAACCAUGAAGUUCUGCUUCCUUCCUGAUGAGCAUUACUGGUGUGUCCACCUUCUCAUGCUCCAAGGUAGUUGCAUUUUUUCAAUAACUCCAAAAUGUAAAUAUCCAUCUCUCCUGUUUUCAUCCCAUAUCAUCCACAUAAAAUUUGUAAAUUAUCAUUUGAUCAGCAGGACAUUCUAAACCCUAGCUACUUUUCAUGCAUUUUCAGCUAAUGCAGAUCUUAUGAAAAUGUGGAUUAAAAGGCUGAUUUUUUUAAAAGUAUGUAAAUAAUUGUUUCCACUCAAAUAUUGUAGACUGAACAGCCUUGGCCCAACACUGUUUCAUAAUUUUGCUUCAAUGAGGGGAUCAUAUCAUUUGUAUAAAAGUGCACAUUGCCAAGGAAUGGUGGAGCAUGAUUUGACUUGCAAUGCAAAUGGUAAAUCCCAGCAUUGAUCAAGUAUUUGCAUAGUAAGUUGUUUAUGUUUUAUAACUUGUCACAUUUUUCUAUAAGAACCCUCCCACUGUACAAAUAUAAGUCAUAUGCCUAUCCCUCCGCCUUUAAAAUCUUUUAUUUGUACCAUAAUAGUGCUCUCAUCGAAUGCAAGCCAAAGGUUUACCCUGAUUCGGCUUCUGGCUCUCUUUCAUCUCAAAUAUGUCACAAAUGUUCAAUAUUUUGUUUAACUGUUAAUUUGUUUGCAUUGUGUGUUCUGUAUUAAUUUUUGUAUGUAAUUAAAAAGGUGUCCAAAAUUACUAUAUAUAAGUCAGUAAAUGCUUGGGGGCUGGUGAAUGCUCUGCCAAAUCCGCUGAAUAUUUGCAUCUAUGAUGCAAGGUAUUUGAUGAAAGAUCAACAUCCAGUCAAGUUUUUGUACCCUAGAGGGUGGUAACUGUACCACUACAUGGUUUGGGUGUGGAGUGGUGUUACCGUAUAGGACCACAGCAAACAAAAUGUUAGUGUUAAGCUCGGCUUUCCUAAAAAUGGUAAAGAAGUUGUAUUGUAAGCCAGCUUGUUAGUGAUUGGUUCUACUUUAUUAGCUUUUGCAUCGAUGUUGGAAUAAGGUUUGGCUGUGUGCGAGAUAUGGCUGUGUCAGGAAUCUCGCUUGCUGAAAGCGUGACAUCGCUCGAAACAUACUUGCCUGCUUGGCCAUUGCAGUGUCAAGGGGCUGUGUUCCUGAAUGUUACCAAAUUGUGCAGAUGUUGGUUCACAUGAGGCAUGAGUUUAAAGUGGCCGUAGUGUAAGACUGCCUAAGGAAUUUUUUUUUUCUUCAAAUGAUUGUUAGAGUACAUGUAUGAGUGUUCGCGUAUGAGUUAGUGUACACUUUGUACCAUGUGUGGCAUAUUCAACAAGAGAGAAGUCAUUUAUUGAAUGUUAUCAGCCAGUACCAUCAAUGCAACCAGAAAUAUAUGGACAAAAGCCAACUGGAGCAACAAGCAAGGAUGCCCACUUUUGGGUCAUGCCAAGACUAUCACCCACUCUUGUUUCUUUUGAUAUGUGUUUGUUAACUAUUAUUAUUAUUAUUAUUUCGUUAUCUGUUCGUUAUUCAUAUGAUUCUUGGUUUAUGAAAGAAACAGGCAUCACACCUUCCUAGGCAUAAAUGUACCAUCAACCAUAGCUUUCCUUUCUCUUUCUGUUUGUUUCUUUUCCUUACUUUAAUUUGAUAACAUUGGUACAUGUUACCCACAAGAUAUCUCACUUUUCUUACAAGAAGACCAAUCGCCUUGGAUGGAAAUGUGUUCAUCAUGAUAUUAUAAUUUCUAAGAUAAUUGUGGUAUGCCUUUAAAAAUAACUCCUGGUCUUAAAGUUUUGGUUGCAUUCUAAGGAACGUCUUGAGAUGCUCAGGAAAUGCUCCUUUUAGCAAUCUUGAUGAUCACAAGUCGCUCCUGUCUUCUUUCAAAGCAGGUAUUUAUUACAUAGGUAAAGCUGACCAAUGCAAGUGCCAAGAGCAGGUUGUUGGUACAGAAAAUGCACUUGAUUGUAAGAUAAGCCCAUGUGUAAUUUUUAAAUUUGUACACUUCAAUGUGAAAAUAAAUUUUGUAAACAAGUUA